AUGAAGCUCUCCCUCAUCGUCGCGGCAAUUUUUGGGUCCUCAGCGCUUGCUGUGCCGCUCAACGAGACACGACAUGCCGCCACGUGCAUACCGCUUCAAGAUGGCAGUGGUCCUGUGCCUUCGCCCGACUCCGCAAAAUCGUUCCUAAACUCGACUAUUCUCUCAACCCCAGCGAUCAUGGCGCCUCCUCCAACCGGCUGGCUGACGAUGUUCACCAAUCUCAAUAGCGUCAUGACAGACAGCACCUAUCUCGGUCACAGCCUGCUCGAUACAUACGACACUGCCGUGUGUGCUUCUCGAUGCUACCGAAAGAAGGGCUGUAUUGGCAUCAACAUUUUCUUUGAGCGUGCGCCGGCCUACAAACCUGGUAGAGAGUGUCCGAAUCCGUCCUCGACAACUCUCAUCAAGUGUGCCUACUUCUCUGGUGUCGUCAAUAAGGCUUCCGCCACCGAUGCUGGGUAUAAGACGGCAAAGUUCCGGGUUGUGUAUGCGGGCUCAAAUGGGUAUAUGCAGCAGUGGCUCGACUAUGGAAACUCGAGCACCGCGACUUCGUCUACGCCUGCGACCACCAGCUCGGCGCCCAUGGUAUCAACGAGUACCAUUUUCGACUCGAUGAGCACCACUUCCUCUAUGGCUGCGUCUGCUUCCACUUCUGACAUGAGCACGGCCCCGCCAUCCAGCUCGACAGCAUCAGCGCCUCCAGACAGUACGACAACACCUGCCACGCAAGGCACCGAAACAAAUACACAGUCCACGACCACUACAGCAACCACGAGCAUGCCUCCCAAUUGCUACGCGGACAAUUGUCUCCGAAACAUACUGGACCUGCGCUAUGUCUCCUCUGCCGGUCCGUUCUGCAGUGACUACCUCAACACUCCGGGCAUGCCCAUCGCUACAUACCUUGGGAACUGUGAGGGUGACACUGCGUCAGUGACUAGUGCAUGUAGCUGCUACAUGAGUCCAGCUCCAUCGACCUCGAGCUCAGCGACUACCACCGAGAUGUUGAGUGCUUCGACAACCGGCGCCCCAGCGAGUUCGAGCAAUACCUUCUCGGUCACCAGUUCUUCGCCGAGCUCGAGUGCCCUCUCGACGAGCAGUACGGACACGGCGUCUUCCUCGGCAUCUGCAAACACAGACACUGCAUAUGGUCCUUCCUCGACAGACAUCACAAUCACGUAUUGUCCCGGCUGUUCAUUGACCACGAUGUCAGGGUCUACUUCUGGGGUCACUAGCGCUGAGACAAGCACGACAUCCUCGCCCUCUGCUUCAGCAGCCUCCACUUCUCAGACCACUCAGAGCAGCUUCUCACGCACGUCCACAAUGUCAAGCACCAGCGCGUCCACGACCGUGAGCGGUAGUCUCUCGAUCAUGACGGGGUCAGCCUCCUCCAACAGCGCGUCAACUUCAGCCAGUGCCCUAUUCAUCAGCACAUCCACUGUCCACUGGGACGACGUUGGGAACUUCGGCACGACUUCGUCCUCAGCGCACUCGACCUCUGGCAUUUCUUCCAUAGUCAGCUCGACGAGUGAUCACUCUACUGCUAGCUCGAUCUCAACAGCCUCGUCCAGCACAUCAAUGAUGAUCUUGCUGCCGACAACCACAUCCUCCGCCACGAACUCGCAGACUCACUUCAAGCAGCACAAGUCCAUCGUCGUCAUCUGCUUCCAGCAGCUCAAUUACUACGCCAACGACCACAGCAACUACAACCCCGCAGACCCUACCAAGCACGUCGUCGCCUUCGGUGCAAGUCACAUUUGCAUCGGAUACGAGUAG